GCGCGUCCCGCGUCCCCACGCCCCCCGGCCCGCGCGCCGUCCGCGCCAUGAAGCACAUCCCGGUCCUCGAGGACGGGCCGUGGAAGACCGUGUGCGUGAAGGAGCUGAACGGCCUCAAGAAGCUCAAGCGCAAGGGCAAGGAGCCGGCGCGGCGCGCGAACGGCUAUAAAACUUUCCGAUUGGACUUGGAAGCGCCCGAGCCCGCCGCCGCCGCCGCCACCAACGGGCUGCGGGACAGGACCCAGCGGCUGCAGCCCGUCCCCGUCCUGGCCCCGGUGCCAGCCGCCGUGGCGCCGGCCGUUCUCCCAGGUGGGAGCGCGGACACAGCUGGGGAGCGCAGGGGCGCCGGGGCGCCGGAGGUCUCGGACGCACGGAAACGCGGCUUCGCCCUGGGCGCAGUGGGGCCGGGACUCCCCACGCCGCCGCCGCCACCGCCUCCAGCGCCCCUGGGCCAGGCACCUGGAGGUCCCGAGGCACCGUCGUUCCGCGAGCCCGGCCUGCGUCCCCGCAUCUUGCUGUGCGCACCGCCCGCACGUCCGGCGCCAACCGCGCCCCCCGCGCCCCCGGAGCCCUCGGUGCGCCCCGCGCUCCCCACGCGCCCGGGGGAAAGUUCCUACUCGUCAAUUUCACACGUAAUUUACAAUAACCACCCGGAUUCCUCCGCGUCGCCUAGGAAACGGCCAGGCGAGGCGACCGCCGCCUCCUCGGAGAUCAAAGCCCUACAGCAGACCCGGAGGCUCCUGGCGAACGCCAGGGAGCGGACGCGGGUGCACACCAUCAGCGCAGCCUUCGAGGCGCUCAGGAAGCAGGUGCCGUGCUACUCGUAUGGGCAGAAGCUGUCCAAGCUGGCCAUCCUGAGGAUUGCCUGUAACUACAUCCUGUCUCUGGCGCGGCUGGCUGACCUGGACUACAGCGCAGACCACAGCAACCUCAGCUUCUCCGAGUGCGUACAGCGCUGCACCCGUACCCUGCAGGCCGAGGGGCGUGCCAAGAAGCGCAAGGAGUGACCGGCCCAGUGGGCCUCUUUCCGGGGACAGUGAGCUCGCCACGCCCAGCCUUGCCCACCCGUUGUCUUCUCUGAGAUGUUGCUGGACGCUCAGCCCACACACUGCCUCUCAGGGCCAGACAGGAGCCCGCCCGCCUCCCUGUCACCCCCUGCCGUCACCCACCUACUCCACGGGGACUGCGCAUCUUGCCCUGUGCCUGGUGAGGAGGGGCGAGGUCGGCCUGGGGCCCAUUGUCCGGCGGCAGAGGUCCACUGUCGAAGAUUCGCCAGAGCCCCGGGACGGAGCGCGGGACGGAGCCCCAGCAGGCAGCCACAGUGCGGCAACGUCCCUCCUGCUGCCUGAGUCCCAUCUCAAGCCAAAGACGAGUCAGCGACUGCACAGGAGCUCGUGGCAGGGUGGACCCUCGGUGACCACGGGUGCAACUUGACCCCUGACCUGGCGCUCGGUCUGCACUGGGUCCUGACUGGCUGAGGACAACAUGAGCCUUCUGGGGGCUAUGCAGGGAGGCUAGAAAGGCCUGGAAGGGUAGGGGGUGGGGCCCGAGUCCCUGCCCUCUCUCCGCCCUCCUGCUGGCUGCCAAGCCCUCUGACCCCGAUUCCCGACGCUCCCUGGACCCAGGCUCCAUCUGGGACCCAGGAGCAUCCCCAAAAAGGAGGAAGAGGGGAAGAAGCCACAUCACUUGUCUCCACCCCAGGGACUUGCCCUGCCUAAGGGUCUUUGCUUCCCCAGCUGGCUGCCCCUCACCCGUGGCCCACCCUCACGGCGGGGCAGACGGGAUGGCGCCCUGCUUGGAGGCCCCUGGUCUGUUACCGAUUGUGCAGGCCAGGCAGAGGGAGGAAGGGACCAGGGGAACGGGCCAGUGUGUGGGGGAAGGGCACGUUCAAAGCCAAGGCUGGCCCCUCCCUGUGCUCAUUCACAUCUGUGCCCCACCAUCUGCUUCAAAUUGAAGUAAAAGCCCCGACGUGUAACGCAGAUCCUUGCUGGUGCUGAGUGGGCUCGGUGGGUGACCAGGGCGCAGGCUACCAUCAAGUGGGCACCUGUGAGCGAGGGGCCUGGGGGCCUGUGGGGAGCAGUGAGUGUGAGAGUAUGCGUGUGUGUGUGACUGUGUCAGUGUGUGCGUGAGUGUGAGAGUGCACGUGUCAGUGUGAGUAUGCAUGUGUGUAAGAGUGUGCAUGUCUGUGUGUGACGGUCAGUGUGUGAGUGUGUGGCUCUGUGUGUGUGGCUGUUAUGUGACUAAGUGUCUGCAUGAGUUUAAGAGUGUGUGUCAGUGUGUUGUGAGAGUGUCCAUGUGUCAGUGUGAGAGUAUGCAUGUGUGUGACUGUGGCUGUGUGUAUAAGUGUGUCAGUGUGUUUGUGUGUGACUGUCAGUGUGUGUGUGUGUCUCCGUGUGUAUGUGAUUAACUGUGCAUAAGUAUGAGUGUGUGUCAAUGUGUUGUGAGUGUCCAUGAGUGUGAGUAUGCGUGUGUGUCAGUGUGUGUGACUGUGUCAAUGUGUCUGUGUGUGUCUGUGUAUAAGAGUAUGUGUGUUCAUGUGUUAGAGUGUGUGUGUGUGUGUCUGUGACUGAGUCAGUGUGUGAAUGUGUGGCUCUGUGUGUGUGUGUGUGUGGCUGUGUGUGAUAAAAAAAAAUGGGGUGGCGGAGGGGGGUUCCUUCCGUGGCCUCAGCCUGGACUAGCGACCAUGAGACCGGUCGGGAGCAUGUGAAGAGCCCUUUCCCCCCACCCUGCAGUCCAUACCACAAGCUUGGGAGACGGGAGACUGCUGGUGUUAAUCCCAUUUUAUAGACAGGAAGUUGAGGCCCCCAAGGUGGCAGGAAUAGUCCGUGGCAGAGCCCACUCUCAGGCUGCUCCUGAGCUCCCAAACCCUCGUCCCAUGACCGCGGGUUCCAGCCCCGAGGCACCGUGGGCCUAGCCACCUGGCUUUUCCUUGGCCGGAGACACCAAGGUAAGAAAUCAGACAGGUCAGUCAGGGCAGGUGAGGCAGGGAGGAAGGGCAGUGUGUUACCCGUGCAUGAGUGAUGAAAGCUGAAAAACACAGUCACCAUUCAGUUUUUCUCUUCUGUCCAACAUCUGAUUUGUUCAAGACCCUGAGAGAAAGGGGACCCAGGCCGGCUGAGCUUCCACAAGGCCAAGGAGAGGCCCUGGGGGAGAAGAGGGCAGCUGAGGGCAGCCCAGCCCGGGGCUCUUUGCUCUUGCGGUGCCCGAGCCUUUGAGGACACAAGAGCAUGGCUCCAGAGUACAUGCUCCCGGCACACAGUGGGUGUGCAGAAUGGGUGUGGAUGAGUGAGUCCACUAAUCCAUGGCCGCUCUGUUCCUUCAGGGUCCAAGGUGCUGCCCAAUGUCCCCCCUCCAUGCUCCAGGCAGACCCCUAUCCGGCAGCAGAAGGCAUGAGCUCUCUUGGCUACAUCGGUCUCAGGGUAGGUUACAGGCAGGAGCACCCCCAGGCUCCCGCCCUGGAUGGUGACACUGAGGGUAUGUCCACCAGGACAGAACAGCAGCUGGUCUGUCCCCGUCCGAUCCUUCCCCUGUCCUGGCUGGUGGUGGCUACAUUCCGCAGCCUCCCCCUGGGCCUGUGACCUUCAGACUGCUGCCCUGGAUGCCCCGCGGGGCAGUCCCAUGGCUCCCCAGCGUCUCUGACAUCGCUGUCUCCUCCAAGUCUGGCUGUACCCCACCCUACCCCCACCCCGCCUUGACUGUCCCAUCCCGAGCCUUUGUUCACAGCUCCCCUGUCUCAAGGUCAUGUCCCCAUUUCCUUAGCUCUGGCUGCCCACGACAUAGCUUUCUUUCUGCUCCUGUGUGGGCUGUAGUGGAGCUGUUCCUGUUAGGUCUCACUGCUCUCUGCCUGCCUCUCCCUGCCCAGCCCUUGGGUCCCCUGGGCAGUCACAGAGGCGCUGCUUCCCCCAGCAGUGGGACGGAACCUCCUUGGUGCACACCCAGGCCCUGAGGGCUCCUCGACCCUUGUCACAUAGAAAUAAAAGUGCCUCCACCCCACCCCAUCAGCAGGAAGCAGGCCUGGGAUCACCCUCAGGGGACCCACAAAAGGCUGGCUCUCGCUGUGGCCUCGUGAGUUCUCUGAAUUCCUCAUCUCGCAGUUGUCUCCUAGGGCUGCUUGUGUGUCAGCUCAAGGGGCCACAGCCACCUGCCUCAGUUUCCCUACCACAUCACUCACACAAGGCAAUUAUUUUUCUCCUGUUCCUAAUAAUUAGAAAAAAGGUUUGUGUGCACAAUGUAACCCGGACAGGAGCGCUUGCAUUGGAUGUCCGGCUUCGUGUAGCCGGCUUCGCGCAGUUUGGACAGGUCCGCGCGUUUCCGGUGGUUACGUUCUUCCCUUCCAGCCUUACUCCCUGACGCUUAACAUUUCUGGGCCGUGACUCACCCGGAGUUGUCCCACAGCUGGCACUUAAAUCCAGGCUUUUUUUUUUUCUCCAUUCCGACAUCCUGCUCUGCCCACUGUGGCUCCAGGUCACCGUCAAACCCAAGCCUGACAACGUGAGACUGUGAAGUGUGGUGGCCGGAGGGUAGCCGAUGAGCAAACAGGGCUGCCGGCUGGAGCCCUCAUCCCCCCGGCCCUGGCUGAGCAGGACCCCUGGGUCUUGCCUCAGAGAGGAGUGGUGCUCACCCAGGCAUCCCUGUAACCAAGGCUUGUCCGGAGGCAGCAGCCGGACAGCGCAGAGGGGAGGCAGGGACUGGACAGGGACUCCUGCGUCCUGAGGGUGGGGCAGAGCCAAGCACAUGCCCCAAACCACCGUCAAAAGCCAUCUGGCCCACAGACCACGUGCUUUCAUCCUCUGGGAUUUCACUUCCAACCCCACACCAGAAGUUUGUAGAGCAUUCUCUUGUGUGCACACACAUGCAAGACACACACAGAACUUUUUUUUUUUAAUAACUAGAAAUGCUUCCGAGUCCCAGGAAGGAAAUCUCCAUUUGAUUUUUUAAAGAUUUAUUUAUUUAUUUGAAAGGCAGAGUUGCAGAGAGAGAGAGAGAGGGAUAGGGAUCUUGCAUCUUCUGGUUCAUUCCCCAAAUGGCCACAACAGCUGCAGCUGGGCAAAGCUGCAGCCAGAAGCCUGGAACUCCAUCCGGGUCUCCCACAUGGGUGACAGGGGUCCAUGCACUGGGGCCAUCUGCUACUUUCCCAGGCACAUUAGCAGGAAGCUGGGUUGGAAGAGGAGCCGCCGGGACUCAUACCAGCACUCGUAGGAGAUGUUGGUGUAGCUGGCAGUGUCUUAAACUGCUAUGCCACAACUAGGGCUGUGCUGGCCCUAGGAGAAGAAAAUUUUUAGAAGACCUUGGGGUACCUAGGUUGCCCUUUGUUUUCAAAAUAAAGCUCAGGGCAAGGGGUCUGACAAAGAUUUGUUGCCUAUUCUGGGUGUGAGAAGCAGCCUAGGAAGGCAAGUAGGGUAAUCUGGGGACGAGGGCCAGUGAUCUUCCCUGGGGAGCACAGCACUGAGUGUUCUUUUCCUAAAGGCUCUGAGAAGUCCUGCAGCAGGAAAAGGCGUUGAACUUUGUGAACUUGGUGUCUCUCAAACUUACUGGGGCACUUAUUCUUUAAAACAAACUAUUGUGUGGUCUGGCACUGUGGCUCAGCGGGUUAACGCCCUGGUCUGAAGCACCAGCAUUCCACAUGGGCGCCGGUUCUAGUCCCGGCUGCUCUUCCUAUCCAGUUCUCUGCUGUGCUGUGGCCUGGGAAAGCAGUAGAAGAUGGCCCAAGUCCUUGGGCCCCUGCCCUGGCGUGGGAGACCUGGAAGAAGCUCCUGGCUCUUGGCUUUGGAUCUGCACAGUUCUGGCCAACUGGGGAGUGAACCAUCGAUGGAAGACCCCCCCCCCCCUCUCUGCAUCUCCUCUCUCUGUGUAACUCUGACUUUCAAAUAAAUAAAUAAAUCUUUUUUUAAAAAAACAAACAUGUGGGAACAUGUUUAUAAAGUACUGUUUAGCGCUCUAGCCAUUUGUAAGUGUACUAUUCAUCAGUAUAAAUAUGCUCAUGGUGCUGUGUAGCCAUCACCUUCAUCUGUGUUUUGAAUUGGUUCAUUAUCCCCAACAAAAGCUUGGUACCCAGGAAGUAACAAACCCCCUCCCUUCCCCUUCCCCUUAUCGCCCAUGGCUUCCAUUCUCGGCCUCUGGAUUUGCCCACUGCAGGUACCCUAUAGUCUCAGUGCAUUUUCUGUCACUAUAGCAAGUACCCAAGAGUGGUUAACUUACAAAGGAAAGAGGCUGGUUUGGGCCCUUGGUUCUGGUAGCCCAAGAGCAUGGCAUCCCACUAAGACACUGCUUAGGAUACGGGCACCCUACCUCGGCAUCCGAGUCCCAGCCCCGCUUCCAAUUCCAACUUCCUGCUCAUGUACACCCUGGAAAGCAGCAGCAGCGACUCCAGCGCCUGGGCCCCUGCCCAGCCCAGCCCUGCUGCUGGCGUUUGGAAAGUGAACCAUCCAGGGAGAUCUCCUUCUACAGCUGUGUGCCUCUCUCGGCCUUUCAAAUAAAUAAAGGCUAAAAAUCUAAAAACAGUGUACAGUGAAGGUCCAGAUGGGUGUGUAGACCGCCACACAUCAGAACGCUAACAGCAGUUAUCUCUAGGUGGCAUGGUUGGGGAUGCUUUAUAUUUUCUCCCUUUUGCUCAUUUGUGUUUACCGAGUUUCAUACACGUUUCCACUUUGGGGAUAGAAAUGAAAAAAAUAAACAUGGCUUUGAA